AUGGGACCUGGAAUAUCAUUAUUUCCAGCUUGGACACCACCUACUUCCUCGAAUCAAGGCUCCACCAAUGACCGACGGCAAGAGGCAGCCAUCAGGCACCGCCCACCUUCCUCCUCGCAGAUUCCACCAUCAUCAUCACGACAAGGGGUUGCAACCUCUCCCUUUGCACCUUUACCUGUGACGACUCUACCUACUAGUAAUAAUCGUCGUCGUCAGUCAAGCUCUGCAUUACAUUCUACAGGACGUGCGGGGAGACAAGGUCAGGAAGCAGGGCGCCAAGACUUUCGCUUUCAGAUUGUCAUUCAUCCUGAACCAACUGAAGGUUCCUAUGAGACAUCCUCUGGAGGUCUAUUCACAACCCUACGUGCUCCAGUGCCUCAGAAAAUGGACGACUUCAUUGCGAAUGCUGUCUCUCUUUCUCUCUCCUUUGAGAUCAACUACUCUGGCAACAAAUGCGACACCAUUGUGAAUUAUAUCAACACUGCCCUAGUAAACCAUAUGGAAAUACACCGUUUGUCUGCCUCUACUUCCCCGAUUUUGACAUCCAGUCCAACAAGACCUGGCCCUAAUCCAAAUCCAACGCCAAACAAGCCAUACUGGCAUUUUCUGAACGCUUACAAAAAGCCCAGAAGUCAUUUGGGGCCCAUUCUUCGUCAAACUAUUCCUGCAAGCUGUCAAAUCAAUACCACGAUUGCUAACCUUCAAAAGCAUUGUAACAAAUGGAGCAUGUACACGCCUGUGGGGGCUUCAGAUAGCAUCCCAGUUGUCUUCAUUGCACCAAUAGAUCAUGUCAUUGUCGGGCCAAUUCCAGAUUUUCCGGUCCCAGGCAUAAUACACGCCUGCCUGGCUGUCAGAUUAUGGUCUCGCUUUAUGACUCCUCGCCUCAAUGAGCGACAUCUUGGUGCCUUUGGCUGCUAUGAGGAUAGAUGCGUGCUAGAGGAGCCUGAACCUGAAGACUCUCUAGACGACAUACGUGAUCUACAGCUACCACCACUGCAACUUGCCUCCCCCCAUUCCCCGCCGCCGCUUCUUUUCUCAGACAACACUAGCAACCCCAGUCCAGUUACCUUAAACGAACAGUUUCCUCUUGGGUUUCCUCCCAUCAAGUACGAAGAUGUUUAUCCUUAUGGUGUCCAAUGGAGGGAAGAGAUAUCGAGUAUGACAAACAGCAAUGCCGAAGAUGAUGAAACUAUUCGUAUUCGAAGUUCCGACGCUGCCUCGGCCGCAGAAGCUUUUUUCCUCAAACUCCUGAGUUUGUUAGGUGGCGACUCAACACCUCCCCCUGCCGAGGUAGAGCUCGAGAAUGUUUCCCUGGAUAAUCUCCCAAAUUACCCCUACGACGUCUGGAUCGGUGUGGGAGUUGGAGCAGGGCCAAUGAAAUCGUUCUGGCAAGCUCUCCUUCAAUAUAUGAUUAACGAAAACCGUCAACAUUGGUAUGAAAAUCAAGAUUCUAUUAUAUCAGACGAACUUGUUGAACCAGAGCCAUCUGACCUAGCUAUGUUUGCUACUUAUGGACUUGUGAUUCGUGUUCAUUUUCCUUUCAUUCACGCUCUUGCUCCAUCAACUUUCACUCGUCUGGACACCUGGCCCUCCCUUACACACCGUUCACGCUCAGUUACAUUUACUGAAGGCGAUAUCACUCUUGGGACUGACCCAUUCAACCUUAUUAUAGAAUUUCUUCCAGAGAGUGCGCCACCCAUGGCUUCUCUGAUUUACCGAUGGAGCGGGUUCUCUGUUACAUCGCAAGGCUUAAAGAUUGCAGCACGCAUCAUAUUUGGGAGCUUUGCUGUUAUGGCCACCACGAAACCGCAGAUUUAUACACAUGUUCUACAGGGCCUCGAUGGCUCUCAUGCUCUGCUCCGUCGCCUAAAUUGGAGUUCAUUAACAGACACCUUUCAUGACGCUGGUACUGCAGAGAAGAUCAUUGCAGCUAUUGGCAUGGGACGCCGAGUCACCUCUCCAGACACAGUCAUUGAUCUACUUCGACCUCAACCUUCAAAUACAGUUUUAGGUCUUAGCGUGGAUGAAGAAGGCUGGAUAGCCCAUCUCAAGUGUUAUCUUCGAGGAAGUGGGUAUCCACGGGCCGACUCUAUCGUUGUCAAUGAGGACAAGAGAACCAUUGAUAGCCGAGAUAAUACCUUAAGGAGCCGACUUCUACUUAAAUGUGUAACGGGUAGUGAGUAUGUUGACAUCAAUCGUUCUGCUAUUCAUAUCACGUUUCGGAGCGCUUUUGAUGAUACUAAUAACAUAUCAGCCCGACUCGCAGCUCUAUCUGGUGGCUCUAUUCAUGUUUGCACGUCCGAGAUUGAGAUUUUGAUGAAUCAGGCUAUGACUCUCAGAACUGGGGCACCCCCUCUAGCCGAUCUCUCUAUUACAACUGAGUUUGAUGCCUGGAUCCAUUCUCUUAUUGACGCUCCUGAUACGUAUAAUAAUGCUUAA